AAAUGCUCAACGAUUUUGUUUGUCUUUGUAGUUUGUUGGUUUCGUGCCGAAAAUCUGAAAAAUAUUCUGUUAAAAUGUCUUUAAAACGGGAAAGAGGUAGUAAUUUUACGCGUGAAGAAACUGACACGUUAAUUCAACUUGUACUUAAAUAUAAAAACGUGCUGGAAAACAAAAAAAGUGAUGCCGUUACAUGGGCGGAAAAAGAACAAUGUUGGAAAAAAAUAGAAAUAAAUUUUAACAGUAUAAGUAGUGUUCGAUUUCGUAGUGCAAAAGCACUAAAAAUCAAAUACGACGGAAUCAAGAGGGAUACGAGAAAGAAAUCUGCGGCGAUCCGGGCAGAAACGUAUCGUACGGGAGGCGGUCCAAGUACCGCUCCAAUAUUGACACCGAGCGAAGAAAAAGUAAAGGACAUGAUUUUACUUUCAGUGGUUGGAAUGGACAGUGUAUUUGACUCUGACAAAAAAGCAGAAACAGAAUCUCCUCAACUGAUGACCAACCCGAAUAUAAUUGAUGAAGAUUCUAGAAAUUUCACUGAAUUUCACCAAUCUGAACCUGUAGUUGUUGAAACUAUAGAAAUGCCUGAUGAAACACUUCUGAUGCAUGAAGAACCAAUUUCAAAUAUUUCAUGUGAAAACGAGAAAAAAAUAAGAAAGUUAAACAACUCUGAUGAUGCCAAUGUUGAAUCUGUCACAAAAUGGUCACAAUGGAAACCAUCAUCUUUACGUACAAAGAAACAUCCUGCUUUGUGUAAACAGAAACCCAAGAGACCUUUUGAAAAGGUGGCAGAAAGCAAAUUGGAAAUUGCAGGCAUCCAAAAACAACUUCUUGAAGAAGAAUUAGAGAACAAACGGAAACAGUGGUUAUUUGAAGAAGAAGAACGACAGCACAAAAAAGCAAUGUGGGCCUUAGAGAGGCAAUUGUUACAAAAUAAAAUAGAUAAAAUUUUGUAAAUAUUUUAAUUCAAAUAAAUUUUUGUACAUUGCUA